GAGCUCUCGUACAAAUAAAGUUUUUUUUUUUCUUUUCUUUUUUUUUUCUAGUACUGUGACGUAGGAACUCAGUUUGCGCAUGCGUGAAUCCACGCAUCCACACGUGAAACAGACAGCAUGGCUGACGGUGUGCGAAUUCCGUUCGACAAGGCACAGGUGAAAAAGGCCGUCCAGGCAUUGCAGGCCUUCCAGAAAUCCAAGUCCAGCGCGGAGUCUUUGCUGCUGGACGAGGCGGACACCAUCAGCCUACUCUUCACCCUGUGGAAGAUCCCCAAAAAGCCACAGACCAUCCGCAUUCCCUUGCCCCAUGGCCAGCGGCCCGAUACAGAGGAGGUUUGCCUCUUCACCAGAGACGAGCCCCACAUGACCUCGGAUCAGACGCAGAGGUUUUACAAGAGGCUGCUGCAAGAGAAGGGAGUGAAGAACAUCACCGAGAUCAUUCCGUACACGGUCUUGAAGAAAGAGUACAAACCGCAUGAAGCCAAGCGCCGUCUGAUGGGGAACUACGACAUGUUCCUUUCUGACGACCGCGUCCGCCGCCUGCUGCCGUCCCACCUCGGAAAACACUUCUACCAGAGGAAAAAAGAGCCGCUGUGUGUGAACCUGCAGAGCAAGACGCUGGCUAGAGACAUCCAGAGAGUCAUCCAGGGCACCUGCUUGAAGGUCAACAACAAGGGCUGCUGCUGCAUGGCGCGUGUUGGGCACCACGGGAUGACGACCGAGGAGCUGACGGAGAACAUCGAGGCUGCAAUCCAAACCGUGGCAGCAAAACUGAACAUGAAAGGACCCGUGGUGAAGCUCAUCCACGUGAAGAAUGAAACCUCGGUGGGCCUCCCUCUCUACGUCUCCGACGUGAACCACCUCACCGCGCUGGAAGGGGCAGAGCUGCACGCUAAGGCUCUUCAGAAAGAGAGAGCCGAGGCCAGGAAGAAGGCCAAGGACGCCAAGCAACCCAAGCCCACGGGGGAGGGAGAGGAGGCAGAAAAGGAGGAAGAAAUCCCAAUGCUGGUUCCCAUAGAAACGCCCAGCAAAAAGCCUAAACUGGAGAACGCCUCCAAAGAGAAGCAGCUGGAGAAGGCCCCCAAAACCGCUGUAACAAAGAAGGCAAGAAAAGCGCCCAACAAACAGAAGAAGAAGGUUGGCAAGACUGACUUUAAAGCAAAAAGAAAAGUGCCUAAAGUGAAAUGAGCGUCCCGGCACGCUACCCUCUAUGAAAGGACAUUUUAUACUGGAUUAUAAAACAAAUCAUUAUAUUCAGUCAGUUUUUUGUCCGUUUGUGUUUUUUUGCUUGGAUGAAGAUAAUAAACCUGAAUCUAAAACUGUC